CCUGGAAAUUUCUCCAAGGAUUGAUAAUGGCAGUGCCGUUAUUACAUCGGGAGAAGAGUGAGAUGACGAUGAGUUCGAAUUCUCUGGAUUUGGAGAAGUUAAGGAAGAAUCAGAGGAUUAAUCAUUAUCCCUGUCUGAAAUCCAUUUGGGCAGUUCUAUUUUCCAUUUUUAUUUAUUUUUCCAUAUUUUACGUCUUCAACCUCUCGCCGUCGUCCGUCGUGUCGACGACUGGGUUCUGGUUUUUCAUAUCGAACACGCUCGUCGUCAUCAUCAUAUCGACGGAUCUCAGCGCCUUCUUGAAAACAGCAACCUCGACGGGACAGGACGGAUUGUACGAUGAAUAUGCAAAGAACGAUGUCGGCCAUGCAAGAGCAAUUCCCGGCGCACCGGCGCCGCCGUCUGUUCCCACUUCCCGGCGGAUUAUGACGAUUCCGGCGGUUCCGGAAGAGGAAGAAGUGCAUGAGAAGGUCAUAGACAUGGACGGCGGCGGGGACAAUAAUCAGCGAGCCUUGGAAAUAUACACACCUCGAAUUCCCACGGCGGCGCCGCCCGAUUUGAGGGAUGACCGGCCGGCGGCCGAUCAGAUUACUGAGCCGCCGGAGAAGAGAAGGAAGAAACAUGAAGGGAUUAAAUGCGCUCGGAGCUAUUCGGACAAGGCCGCCCUGAUGGCGGCGGUGGAGGAAAACGAGGAAAGAAUGGUCCUGCAGCGGACACUGUCGGAAAGACAUGAAACGCCGCCGGCAACUCCGCCGGAGGAAAACGAGUUAUCAAACAUUAGCAAUGAAGAACUGAACAGGAGAGUUGAGGAAUUCAUCAGGAGAUUCAACAGGCAGAUCAGGCUUCAAGCUGCCACGACCCGACACAGCUCAGCGUCGGAAAUUCAUUAAUUUCCGAGCCUCGCCGGCGCCGUUUUGUCUUGAUGCUGUUUUCGAGUCCUCCUAGAAACAGUAGCCGUUGCAGAGUUUAUGAUAAUUAUAUUAGUAUAUUACUAUAUAUUUAGGUCGUAUAAUUAUUUAGGAUGUGAUAUAUAUAAAUUCCGAUGCUACUGUAAUUACAACAUAAUAAAACCAUAUACAUAAUUAAAGUAUGCUUAAAAUGCCAUUAAUUAAUAUAAAUAAGAUCAAUGAGGCAGAAAAAAACAAAAAAGUUAAAAUUCAAUUAGCCUGUAUAAAGCCAGAGUGGGCCUGGCCCAUCUUGUAGGUGAGAGAGCUGGCUCGGCUCGUAAAAG